AUGCUCUUUUCGAAAGUUAUGCUUACUCGGCGUAUAUUGGUGAGAGGUUUGGCAACAGUCAAAUCUUCAGCCCCAACGUUAACGGAUGUAUUAAUCGUUGGUGGCGGUCCUGCAGGUUUGACUUUAGCUGCAUCGAUUAAGAAUUCUCCUCAUUUAAAGGAUUUAAAGACGACUUUGGUGGAUAUGGUGGACUUAAAGGAUAAAUUAUCAGAUUUUUAUAAUUCACCCCCAGAUUACUUUACAAAUAGAAUUGUUAGUGUUACACCUAGAUCUAUUCAUUUCUUGGAAAACAACGCUGGAGCCACUUUGAUGCAUGACAGGAUUCAGAGUUACGAUGGGCUCUAUGUUACAGACGGUUGUUCUAAGGCUACUUUGGAUCUGGCAAGGGACUCCGUGCUUUGUAUGAUUGAAAUUAUAAAUAUACAGGCUUCGUUAUACAACAGGAUUUCCCAGUACGAUUCAAAGAAGGACUCGAUUGAUAUUAUUGAUAAUACAAAAGUCGUCAAUAUCAAACACAGCGACCCUAAUGAUCCAUUGUCCUGGCCUUUGGUCACUCUCUCUAAUGGUGAAGUAUAUAAGACAAGAUUACUAGUCGGUGCAGACGGGUUCAAUUCUCCUACCAGAAGAUUUUCCCAGAUCCAAUCUAGGGGCUGGAUGUAUAAUGCUUACGGUGUUGUAGCCAGUAUGAAGUUGGAGUAUCCUCCAUUUAAGUUAAGGGGUUGGCAAAGGUUUUUACCGACCGGUCCUAUUGCGCACUUGCCCAUGCCUGAUAAUAAUGCCACUUUAGUCUGGAGUUCGUCCGAACGUUUAUCGAGGCUAUUGUUGUCAUUAACUCCAGAAUCAUUCACUGCACUUGUCAAUGCAGCCUUUGUCUUGGAAGACGCAGAUAUGAAUUACUAUUACCGCACAUUGGAAGACGGCUCUAUGGACACCGAUAAAUUGAUAGAAGAUAUUAAAUUCAGAACUGAUGAAAUAUAUGCCACCUUGAAGGACGAUUCCGAAAUUGAUGAGAUUUACCCACCAAGAGUCGUUAGUAUAAUAGAUAAGACAAGAGCACGUUUUCCUUUGAAAUUAACGCACGCAGAUCGUUAUUGUACUGAUAGAGUUGCCCUUGUUGGGGAUGCAGCACACACAACACACCCUCUCGCUGGACAAGGGUUAAACAUGGGCCAAACAGACGUUCACGGUUUAGUAUACGCUUUAGAAAAGGCAAUGGAAAGAGGUCUGGACAUUGGCUCUUCAUUGAGUUUAGAACCCUUUUGGGCAGAAAGAUAUCCAUCCAACAACGUCCUGCUAGGAAUGGCGGAUAAACUAUUUAAACUAUACCACACAAAUUUUCCACCUGUGGUAGCCUUAAGAACGUUCGGUUUGAAUCUGACGAAUAAGAUCGGCCCAGUUAAAAAUAUGAUCAUUGACACACUAGGAGGGAAUGAGAAAUGA